GACAACGGUAAUAACAAUGACAACAGUGAUCACGGUGACAAUGGUGACAACAGUGACAACAGUGACAAUAGUGACAACAGUGACAACGGUGACAACGAUCUUAACAGUGACAACGGUGACAAAAGUGAAAACGGUGACAACGGUGACAACAAUGACAACGGUGACAACGGUGACAACAAUGAAAACGAUGACAACGGUGACAACGGUGACAACUAUGACGACGGUGACAACGGUGACAACAGGGACAACCGGUGACAAUGGGGACAACUGUAAUAUGGGUGACAACGGCGCCAAGAGGGACACCGGCGACAACAGCCACAACAGUGACAACGGUGACAACGGUGACAACAAUGACAACGGUGACAACGGUGACAACAAUGACAACGAUGACAACGGUGACAACGGUGACAACUAUGACGACGGUGACAACGGUGACAACAGGGACAACCGGUGACAAUGGGGACAACUGUAAUAUGGGUGACAACGGCGCCAAGAGGGACACCGGCGACAACAGCCACAACAGUGACAACGGUGACAACAAUGACAACGGUGACAACAAUGACAACGAUGACAACGGUGACAACGGUGACAACUAUGACGACGGUGACAACGGUGACAACAGGGACAACCGGUGACAAUGGGGACAACUGUAAUAUGGGUGACAACGGCGCCAAGAGGGACACCGGCGACAACAGCCACAACAGUGACAACGGUGACAACGGUGACAACGGUGAGAACGGUGAGAACGGUGACAACGAUGACAACGGUGACAACGGUGACAACAGUGAAAACAGCGACAACGGUGACAACGGUGACAACGAUGACAACAGUGACAAAGGUGACAACGGUGACAACUGUGACAACAAUAAAAACGGUGACAACGGUAACAACAGUGACAACGGUGACAACGGUAACAACAGUGAGAACCAUGAAAACGAUGACAACGGUGACAACAGUGACAACGGUAACAACGGUAAAAAAGGUGACAACAGUGACAAUGGUGACAACGGUGACAACAGUGACAAUGGCGACAACAGUGACAACGGUGACAACAGUGACAACGGUGACAACAGUGACAACAGUGACAACGAUGACAACGGUGACAACGGUGACAACAGUGAAAACAGUGACAACUGUGACAAUGGUGACAACGAUGACAACAGUGACAACGGUGACAACAGUGACAACGGUAACAACGGUAAAAAAGAUGACAACAGUGACAAUGGUGACAACAGUGAAUACGGUGACAACGGUGACAACGGUAAAAACAGUGACAACAGUGACAAUGGUGACAAUGGUGACAACAGUGACAACCGUGACAACGGUGACAAAGGUGAAAACGGUCACAACGGUGACAACAGUGACAACGAUGACAAUGGUGACAGCAAAGACAACGAUGACAACCGGUGACAACAGGAACAACCGGUAACAAUGGUGACAACUGUGAUAUGGGUGAAAAUGGCGCGAAGAUGGACAACGGCGACAACAGCGACAAGAGUGACAACUGUGACAACGAUGAAAACGGUGACAAUGGUGACAACGGUGACAACGAUAACAACAAUGACAACAGUGACAACGAUGACGACGGUGACAACGGUGAUUAUGGUGACAACAGUGACAACGGUGACAACGGUGAUAAAGGACAAUACAGUGACAAAGGCGACAACAGUGACAACGAUGACAACAGGGACAACAGUGAGAACGAUGACAACUAGACAACGGUGACAACGGUGACAACUGUGACAACGAUGACAACAAUGAUAACAAUGACAACAGUGAUCACGGUGACAAUGGUAACAACAGUGACAACAGUGACAAUAGUGACAACAGUGAAACCAGUGACAACGCUGACAACGAUCUUAACAGUGACAACGGUGAUAAAGGUGACAACGGUGACAACGGUGACAACAAUGACAACGGUGACAAAAGAGACAACAGUGACAACGGUGACAACGAUGAAACCGGUCACAACGGUGAUAUCGAUGACAACGGUGACAACUAUGACGACAGUGAAAAAAGGGACAACCGGUGACAACUGUAAUAUGGGUGACAACGGCGCCAAGAGGGACAACGGCGACAACGGCGACAACAGCCACAACAGUGACAACGGUGACAACGAUGACAACGGUGACAACAGUGACAACGAUGACAACGGUGACAACAGUGACAACGGUGACAACAGUAACAACAGUGAAAAGAGUGAGAACGGUGACAAAAGUGACAACGGUGCAAACAGUGACAACCGGUGAGAACCGUUACAAUCGUGAUGACGGUAAAAACAGUGACAUCGGUGACAAAAGGUGACAAUAGGUGACAACAGUGACAACAGUGACAAUGAUGAAAACGGUUAGAACAGUGACAACGGUGACAAUGGUGACAACAGUGACAACGGUGACAACGGUGACAAUGGUGAAAACAGUGACAACGGUGACAACAGUGACAACGAUGACAACGGUGAUAACAAUGACAACAGUGAUGACGGUGACAAUCGUGAAAACGCUGACAACAGUGACAACAGUGACAACAGUGACAACAGUGACAACGUUGACAACGGUGACAACGGUGACAACGGUAACACUAAUGACAACGGUGACAAAAGAGACAACAGUGAGAACGGUGACAACAGUGACAAUGAUGAAACCACUGAAAACGGUGAAAACGAUGACAACGGUGACAACGGUGACAACUAUGACGACGGUGACAACAGUUACAACGGUGACAACGGUGACAAUGAUGACAACAGCGACAACAGUAACAACGCUGAGAACGGUGACGACGAU